UCCACUGAGCAAGACGGGCUUACUGGAGUCUUGUGCGUAACUUCUCAACUCUUGGCUCUGCAAUUUACAACUUUACCAAACACAAAGAGCAGCGAUAUAUUUGAAUAGUUGCAAAUCUUUAAACUGCGUAAUUUCGAAGAUAUUUUUGGACUUUCGACCAAUGUGGCUUCUUGGAUCAGCUUCCCAAGUGAUGAUGAUGAUGGAUGAGCGCCUGUCUCCCUCCGCACGCUCCGUCCAGAGCCAGGGGGACAACGCUGCCACAAUCCACAGCAUAGAGGCCAUACUGGGAUUUAAGGAAGACACACUCUUCCACAAGUCGGCCUGCUAUGGCCUGACAGAAAAAGUCCUGGUGAAAGAGGCUGAGCGGAAUGUAAUUAUGUCUCCACUGAAGAAAAGUCAUUCUUCAGAAAGUUUUGACAGUGUUUGCUGUAACGGCGGCGCCGCGGAAGCCUCGGUGUGCCCGGACUCUCCGGACAGAGACGGCAAACUGUCUGAUGACGAUAACCCAAAGAAGAAACACCGUCGGAACCGGACAACAUUCACCACCUUCCAGCUCCACGAACUGGAGAGAGCUUUCGAAAAGUCCCAUUACCCGGAUGUGUACAGCAGAGAAGAGCUCGCGCUGAAGGUCAACCUGCCGGAGGUCCGAGUGCAGGUAUGGUUUCAAAACCGACGGGCCAAGUGGCGUCGACAGGAGAAGCUGGAGGUGAGCUCCAUCAAGCUGCAGGACACCUCCUCCUCACUGCUCUCCUUCAGCCGCUCCCCCAGCAGCUCCCUGGGCUCCAGUCUGCAGCUGGACCCCUGGCUCUCCACCUCCCUCACCACCUCCACCUCCCUGCAGUCCCUCCCCGGCUUCAUCACGGGCUCUCAGGGCCUCCCGGGCACUUACACCCCCUCUCCUCCACCCUCAAUGCCCUCUUCCAUGCAGGCCUCCUUCCUGGGACACAGCCAUCACCUGCCCCACAUGGGCUCCAUGUGCCCCCCGCCCCCCGCCUACCACUGCUCUGCUGACCCCAGGAACUCCAGCAUUGCUUCACUGAGGAUGAAGGCAAAGGAACAUAUUCAGUCUAUUGGGAAGACGUGGUGAUGCUGGGUGGAGGUUUAAAAUGGACCCAGAAUGCAUCAUGCUGCAUCUUUUGCGAAAUGGACUCCUCAUGCUGACGGGAUUGUUAUUUUGGAAGAGUGAAAACUGUAGGAUUAAAGACAUCCUCGUCACUAAUAAGGGUAAUGCUUUACUUCUCCCUAUUUAGAAUUCACAAAUCAGAUAUAAAUACUGAAUAAAUGAUUUAUAACACACUUUAUCAAAGUUGUAAGUGAAUAAAAGAAACAACUAUAAUUCCCACCUAAGCUUAGAUAUUAACAGACACAAUUCCUACUGUACAUAAACAAACACUUAAAAUGUUCUUGUAUCUAUUUACAACAACAUUAUGAUGUGUUAUAAACCACUUGUUAAAUGUUUGUAUAUUGCUUAUGAAUGCUAAGGGGGUCAUAAGGAGGAAAAGUCCCCCUUAUGAACCCUUAGAUAUCAGAAAAUCAGAAAAUAUGUAAAAAAUAACUGUGAAAUUUCCUGUAAAAUUAUGAAAGCUACACUGAUGAUCUGGUGCGUUUCCUCUGCUUUAUUUCCUUUAAAAGCUUUAUUUACUUUACAUUCAUUCAGCCCCAUCCCAUUAUUAUCCAAUGUUACAUUGCCGCUAUAAGUCCAUUAUAACCCAUCAGUAUUUAUUAUUAUUUUGUAAAUGGAGCACUCCUCAUUUUAAUU